CCCGCCGUUCUCCCCAACUCACAGCGGCCCAGAACGGAUCGUGACGUCAGCCCAGGUGCUUCCCCUGGGGCGGGGUUUCGACUGCCCCGGGUAGGCGGAGGCUGGUUGGCUGGGAGCGCGCAUGCGCAUGACGGCGGCGGGGACUUGCGCUCGCCGCGGCGAACUGUGAGGCAGUCAAAGACGGAGCGCGCGGCGAGCUGGGACUUGCGCUCGUCGCCGCUCGUGUUCUGGGCGUAGCGAGCGAGUGAGAGGUUAUGAGCCUGCAGGACUCCAGCGGCCACGCUCGCUCCGGCCGCGGCCAUGGCAGCCUCUAUAGAGCAGGAGUUCCAGGAGAUCGACAGUGCUAACGACUGGCAGGCUCGCUACCUUGAAAUUCGGCAUAAAGCCAAUGACUAUCCUCAUAGAGUUGCAAAAUAUCCAGAAAACAGAAAUCGAAAUAGAUACAGAGAUGUCAGCCCAUAUGACCAUAGUCGUGUAAAACUGCAGAACACAGAGAAUGAUUAUAUCAAUGCCAGUUUAGUAGUCAUAGAAGAAGCCCAAAGAAACUAUAUUUUAACACAGGGUCCACUUCCUAAUACUUGUUGUCAUUUUUGGCUAAUGGUAUGGCAACAAAAGACCAGAGCUGUUGUCAUGCUAAACAGAAUUGUUGAAAAAGAGUCAGUAAAAUGUGCACAGUACUGGCCAACAGAAGAGGAGGAAGUCAUGAUGUUCGAGGAAACGGGAUUUUGUGUGAGGCUAGUAUCAGAGGAUAUAAAAUCCUAUUAUACAGUUCACCUACUACAAUUAGAAAACAUCAAUAGUGGUGAGUCCAGGAUGAUAUCUCAUUAUCAUUAUACUACGUGGCCAGAUUUUGGAGUCCCUGAGUCCCCAGCUUCAUUCCUCAACUUCUUGUUUAAAGUCAGAGAAUCUGGUUCGCUGAGUCCUGAACAUGGACCUGCCGUAAUUCACUGUAGUGCAGGGAUAGGACGCUCUGGCACAUUUUCAUUAGUAGACACCUGUCUUGUCCUGAUGGAAAAAAAAGACCCUUCUUCUGUGGACAUUAAGCAAGUAUUACUGGAUAUGAGAAAAUAUCGCAUGGGACUUAUUCAGACGCCUGACCAGUUAAGAUUCUCAUAUAUGGCUGUAAUAGAAGGAGCAAAAUUUAUCAUGGGGGAUUCAACUAUACAGAAACGGUGGAAGGAACUUUCUAAGGAGGAUCAAGCACCACGUUCUGAGCAGUCUCCUCCACACCCAACCAGAAUAAAUACAGAGAAGUACAAUGGGAAUAGUGUGAGCGUAGAAAAACAGGAGCAAAUGGGGGAGAAAACAAAUACUGAACUGUCCACUAAAGUACAAGAUACUAUGGAUGGAAGCAUUGAAAGUACUGUUCGGAAACGGCUGCGAGAGGAUAGAAAGGCUCACACAGCCCAGAAGGUGCACCAGAUGAAACAGAAGCUAAGUGAGACUGAAAGAAAAAGAAAAAGGUGGUUAUAUUGGAAACCUAUUCUCACUAAGAUUGGGUUUGGUACAGUCAUUUUAGUUGGAGCUUAUUCUUGCUGGAAACUGUAUUUUCAAGAACAUUCCUUGUAAGUAAAAACUUAUUUGCACUGUGAGCCUGUCUACGGUAGCAGCUAAUCUUACUGCAAGUCAGUCACUAGGGAGUUUGACUUUCAGCAGCAAACUCCUUAACACCUAAAAUCGGUGCAGUUUAGACACAAACUAGAUAAGUGAUGUAAACUGAUCAGUCAGCAUCUCAGGACUUUCACAGCAGGUACUUCUGAAACCAAACGGCAAAUUGCUACCCAGAAUAAAGUUGUUCGUUUGUUUGUUUUAAAUAAACAGGUACAAACUUUGUAACUGUAUUUAUAUACUUUUAAAAAUGGUAUUCCACUGAAUCUAGAUAGAUAGACCCUGAGCCAUGAAAAUUUAACUAUCGCGGCUGUCUGGGGUUUAAUUUACAUGCCUGACAUAAGCAAUAAACAGUGUGUUAUCAUUUACAUUAUUAAUGCAAAGAACUUAUCCUUAAAUGUGUGUAAUGUACUAUUGACAUAGGCAUCAACAUUUUAUAUUCUUAUGACCCAGGAUAAAUAUAUUUUAUAAUUGCAUAUUUAAUCUUACUUUUUGUAGCUAACUGUACUUUUAAAAACUUAGUGUGUACAAAUUUAUUUGACCAAAAAAAAAAAAUUUGAUUUUGGAACUAAAUGUAAAGGAUCAUUUGUGCACAGUGCAUCCAUUCCCUACGUUUCAAGAUUUUGAGACUUUCGAUAUGAGCAGCUAGGGUUCUGAUGAAGCACUUUUCAGUUUCUACUCUGUACGCUGCAUUCCUUUUAUUUAUUUAUUUUGUUUUGUUUUUGCGGUGUCCUUAUUUAAAGAAGCUUUAAAAUGCCCUUUUUUUUUUUAAAUAAAGCUGUUUGCUAGCCCUAGACCUAGAGGCAAAUUGUUAAACUGAUUAAUGGAAGUUGUAUUAAGACUUCAGCUACUGUCUGAAGCUCUAGUUUUGUUAAAGUUCUGACAUUCCAUUAAAUGUGAAAUGAUAUUUUGUGUCUCAUCUUAUUAUUUUUUUUUAGUUGUAUUCUGUGUAAAUAAUAAAAAUCUAUCACCCAUCAAUAAUGGCACAUUGAAUGCAACUUAAAACUGAUUUAACUUUGUGGAAAAACUUGUUUAAAAAGUAAUGGAAAGCAUUAGCUACAGAAUAUAGAUGAAUAUUGUCAACUAUUUGAUAACAUUUUAUUAACUGUGACAAAGUCUUAAGGAUGCCAGAUCUAUUUAAGGUACUUUUUUAAUUUGCCUCUCACCAUAGUAAACACAAUAGUUAGCCACUUCAUCAGGAAUAGUAGAUGAAGGAAGUACUUAUUUACCUUUGGAUCAGUUUGAGAUGGAUCAUACAUUUUUCACUGUUUAUACAAAAAAGUAACUCCAGACAGUGUGAAUAGGAGUAAAAUGUGUAAUUCUCCUGGUAUUAGUAGAAGAAUGAGACUUCAGGUGAUAGGCUUACAGUAUUCAGAGCUGUGUUUCUGUAAGACUGCCAUUAAAACAAAAUGGCAACUUGUACCGGAACCAUGGCAGAGCCAAGAUUUAGUAAUUGCUUUGGCACAUACAGUAAGUUUGGUUAUUUGUUGUAAGUAGGUAUUUUAAGGAUAAUACAAUAAAGUUCAGUAAUGCUAAAUUCAAGACCGUAAGCAAUUGAGGGGAGAGUGCAGAUUUUGUGUUUAGGAAGGGCUUGUCCCAACAAAUAUCUAUUUUUUUUUAACCUUCAGCUGUUCUAACGCUAAUCAACCCCCCAGCCUAAAGGCAGUGCAUUAGUCUUUCCAUCAUAUAUCUUCUAAUCUUCCAAUAUUUCUUUUCUUUUCUAAAGUGUCUUACAAACAGCUGGGUUUUAUUUAUGGGAAAAUGUAUGUUGUGCCAUGAAGUACUAUUAUAAAAGUGAAAUAAGAUCUUCAUAUCCUAAAGUGCUUAAAGGAAAACAGUUAAGAAAAAAAAUCUCCAAGAAAUGAUGAUAUCCCUUUCUCUGAAAUUGCAAGUCUCCAUUUAUCUCCUGACUCAGCAGCAGGAUUUUUCCAGGCAUUUUCUGCUUCCCUCUGAUGAUAAGCUCUAAAUGCAUCUUUGAACACCCUAAUUUGAAUUCUUAUACCUGACUCCAUCUAAACUCUGUCUUCUACAUUGCCCAGACCCCAAGAACACUCUUGGUCUCUUGGGAACGUUCAUGUAUGCUCACAUUGUGUUCACUCCUUUUCAGACCACAGAGUAGCAUUUGUAAAUGAAUUUGGUAAUUCAUGAGUAAGCUGUGUUUGGUUGGCUUGGCUGCAUCAUUAACAACCAGGCUGUGAAAACAUCUGUAACAAUUGUUAAGGAUCACACCAGUGACAGGCAAAAAUAUUUUAAAUUCUGAUCUGCUGCGGUAUAAGGUUGGGAAAGAAGCUUAAAGAAUUAAGCCUUUUACCACAUUCCAGGAAGGAGCUUUGUGUAAAAUCCUAGUUCCAUUUAAAAUCAAUGGCAAAAUGCCCACUGACUUUUUAGUGGGGUUAGGAUUUCCUCUUUUGUCUUUAGUUCAUAGCACUUUACAGGAAGGUGGUUGUUACAAAAUCUAGGCUAUGCAUACUUUGCUGUUUUUUAUGGCAAUUAAGUCAAAAGAGAACAUGAGACAACAGUCUUCACUUCUGAGAUAUUAUAUCCUGAUUGGCGCACUAGUUCUGAAAUGCUGUUGAGCUUCUGAUUUGAAUCUUGACUGUGAUCCUUUUUCCCCUGCAUGUAUUUGUUUUCCAGAAUAAUUACAUAUAAUUGGAGCAUAGUAGAACUUAUUUUUUUUAAUUGGAUCACUUUAAAGCUGACAUUCAGAUGAUUAGCUUCAUACAAAUCUCAUUCACCUUUUACCAAGUAACAAACACCUGAAUCUCCGUUAUAUGUAGCACAUUCUAGUUUUAUAAGGAUUGGAAUUUUGGUUUUCUAUUCGAUUUUUUUUUUCUGGCAGGGGAAAUCUAUUAUUUGCAAUGGCACCACUUACUGUGUUGAGUGCCCCUCGAUCUUUUAAAUAUUUUCCCCACUACUUGUUGAGCAGGAGUUAUCCAAUAGCAAUAAUUAAAUACAGUCUAACGUAAAGAUUUGGAGAAAUUACAGGUGCAUUUUAGGGAAAUUUAAUUUGCAAAUGAAACUUAUUUAACUUAAUUAAACUUUUGGAACAUUACAUGUUCCAUUUCAUUAACUGAUGUAUUUUUAUUUUUAUAUAGUAUUUUCAAAAUAUACAGUAUAGUGCAAAUGGACAAUUAAAAAAGGCAGGUAGGUAUGAAAAAGGCUUGAAGUAUAAUAGAGGCCAACAACAUUGUACCUUUUCAUUUAUUAGACUUUAAAUGUCAGAUUUUUGGAUGACUGCACAAGAAACUUAUGUAAAUUGAUUGAGGUAACUCAUGGGAAAAAUUGUCAUUGUGGUCAGGUGAUUUAAACUACAGGGUGGAAUUUGGCAAAGUUAUAAUUGUGUGAUAGUCUUCCUGCCUUUUAAAGCUGUUUUUUAAUUGGCUUCAGCUCAGUCUCACUCUUUUGUGUACUAAAAAUAAAUGUGUUCAAAAUA